AUGUCUACUUCACCACACACUGUCUUCACCAUGAGCUCACGACCAUCUCUCAUGCCGCCCACCGAGGGCUCCUUCCUCUCAUCGGGCGCCUUCACUCCCUCGGGCCUCACACCCAACACACGCUCCGAAGCCGAAGCCGCCUUCACCUCCAACAGCGCUUCGCAAACCGAUGCGGCUGCUCCCGACCCAAAUCUUUUGCCCCUGAUGGGUGCCGGUGGAGGAAACGAGACAACAGACAAUGGCCCAACUGAAGCUGUCCGUGCUUACACUGGCUACCGCCGCCCUGGCAUGGCUCGAGCAAGCUCAGCGAACUACGAGAACGCACUGAAGCGAGCGCAGCAAGCGUCCGUCUCGUCCGACUUCUCCGCCGACUCUGAAGUACCCGACAACGUCACUGCGGGCCGAACAGUCGCGUCGCCGACAGGCUCCACUCCAUUCCCGCCUCCCGGUCAAGGUGUAGUGCCCCUCAACUACAACUCUACUCCCGUUGGCGCCGCUCAAGGCGAUGCAGUCAAGAAGACUCGUUCGCGUGGCCUGAGUCUCAGCGGCCUUGCCCAGCAGCAGGGAUGGAGCGAGCAGGACUACAAGCGUGUAUACAGCGCCGAUUUGCUUGCUGAAGAACCGAAGAACAGCGCUGGAUAUGGCUCAGGCCCGAAAUAA